CUGUGUACAGUACGCCUGAGAGCCUGUGCCAUUUCACUUGAGUCUCUCUCCCCUUCUCUCUGCAAACACAAAUAGCUGUUGCUAUUCUUAGAGUACUGAAGAUAUCUAGAGGAGACAGGCUACCAUCACAGCCUCAGAUGUAUCAACAGAUUACAGAAGAUCACCCUCAAAGGCUUGAAGUGCUGUGCCAGGUCUCCAGCCACACAGACGACCAUUCAAAGGCUCCCAUCUUCUCACUUGGAGGUGCUCACAAGCUACUACUGGCAUUCUUGCAGUGAAAAAAAACAUUUUAGUUUCUACAGAGGAUCACAACCCAGCAGUGAAGACGACAAGCCGAAAACGAACAAGAACAAUGAAGACUAGGCUGGGAUGUUUAUCCAACAAAUCAGAUUCAUAUAGCGAUUUUACAGCUUUUCUUCCACAAGUGCCGGAGAAAGCAGGCCGAUGUUUGAAGUUAUCCACAGAAGAAGCAUUGAGGUGGACAGAAUCUUUUGAUGUCCUUCUGUCUCAUAAAUAUGGUCUGGCUGCUUUUAGAGCAUUCCUCAAAACGGAGUUCAGCGAGGAGAACAUUGAGUUCUGGCUGGCAUGUGAAGACUACAAAAAGACCAAGUCCCCAGCAAAGUUGGCCUCUAAGGCAAAGAAAAUUUAUGAAGAGUUCAUCGAUGUCCAGUCUCCUAGAGAGGUAAACAUUGACUUCCAGACAAGGGAAACAACAAAGAGAAACCUUCAAGAGCCGACGGCCUCCUGCUUUAACAUGGCUCAGGGACGAAUCCACAGCCUUAUGGAAAAAGAUUCUUAUCCAAGGUUCUUGAGAUCAAAAAUCUACAUGGACUUGUUGAACCAGACGCAGACCCAUUCUCAGCGGAGAUUCAGUUAGUCAUUCAGAUCAGGAAGAUCCCUGAAGUGUAAAACUGUAUAUUCACGAACACGGCUUUGGAUUUGGAGUUCUUGGGCCUGAAAAUGUUGCUUGAAUUACUGUACAUGAUGAUUAUUAUUUAUUGUAGAAUUUUAGGAGAAACAGUUUAGGAUAUGAAUGCAAGAGUAGAAAUCAGUGAAAAUUCAAUGAUUAAAAAGCUUUCUGACAGUAUAAAUAGAUUUAGUGAUUAAUGUUACUUUGCCAUUAGUACUAGGAACCAGACCAAACAAGGCUAGGCUCACCUCCUCUUAUGUUUCCAAUACUUUCUGGCAAUAAGCUGUGAACUUUUGUGGCUUUUUUUAGUUCCUGUUUAACAACUUCAAAGAGCCAGUGGUGACAUGGUGACACUUGUGUGGUCGUGUAGAUGACAGACCUCUGCUGAUAGCUUUAUUUCUUUAUGUGCAGGUUUUAAACACCCACUAUAGUUGUUUGGACUUGUGUUACUUUGUAGAAUCAUCUCAUCGAAUGUGAAGUCAUCCAACAAGUAUGGCAAACCAGAGGCAGAAUUCACGCACUUAAUGACAGUGUUUAACACAACUAGGAGACUUUGAUCCAUAGAAAAGUGUUGAAAGAAUUGACACACCAUUCAAUGUACAACAGUGCAAAGGGAAAUUGAAAGUGAAACAAAAGUCUAACGAAGUAUCAAAUACAACACUUUAUUUGCUCCAUAUAUAUUAUUUGUAUUGAUCGUGCAGGAUGGGAGCAGUUGAAAACCUAACCCUAAUCCUAAUACUGAAGUCAGAAGAUAGGAUGAAGUUGGGGAAAGCACGCUAAACUUGGAACCUGGAGAGCAAAAAUCUAAUAAAUUAAGUUCAGCAUGUAAGACAAAAAAUCAUAGUGAAUGACUUGUAUGGUUUUGUUUAUUGUUUGUUUUUAUCUGAAAUAUUCUCUGAUUUUAGAUAAUAAGAUGCCCUGCCCUGCCCUUACCCAAACCCUUACCUUAACCCCAGGGGGGUGGGGGCUCUAAGCCUAAAAUAGUUGACUUAGGCCCUAAGCCUAAGAUAGUGGGGCUGGGCUCUAAGUUUAAAAUAGUAGGGCCGGGGUCUAAACCUAAGAGAGUAGGGUCAGGCCCUAAGCCUAAAAUAGUGGGGUCAGGCCCUAAGGCUAAAAUAGUGGGAUUAGGCCCUUAACCUAAGAUAGUGGAAUGGGGCUUUUAUUCUAAGGUUAAUGGGAUGAUUUCAGGAGUUAUGUAGUUGUGUAGUAGUGUGUAGUUAUGUAGUAAGGAGGACAGGAGAGUUUAGAUUUGGGCAGGGCAGCAGGACUAUAGAUAGACAGGAAUUGUGAGUCGGAGGACAGUGAGAAUCAGAAGUCCAUUUAAUACUGUAGUUGUAUGUGAACGGGCUGUAAUGAUCCCAGUAGAUUCAGUCAUUAGCUACAGAAUUUGGACCAUGAUAGUUAUUAUCUGAAUUUGUUGUAAAAUGAUCAAUGACCCAGAGCAAUUUGAGGGUUAUUGUUUAAAAAUACAUGUACAAAAAAAAAAUACAGUUAGGGUCAUUUAUAGUAGUCGGGAUUGGAUGAUGGAGGAAUAGUUUAUGAAUGGCUUAUGAUUACUUUUUAACUUAGGAUAGUAUAGGGAUCUUUUAUGAAAUUUCUUUUGGCCUUCGGGCUUUUUUCCCCUACCCUAAACCUAAUCCUAAUAC